CAAUUUCUCGCGUGUAGUGUGUUUCUUGAGCUUUCACACUGAAUUGGAACUGGUAGUUGUCGUUCCCUAGCCCUGAUUGUGGGGUGAUUCGUGGUAAUUACGUCUCUGUCGUGCCAACGCUAUCCGUUUGUGUCUCGAGUAUCCGUUCUCGCACGUGGUCCAACUAAAACUGUAUCCAGGCCAAUCGAGAGCAUCCGUCCUCUCACGUGGUUGAUUUCAACAUUUUCUGUUGCGUAUGUAUCCUGGUUAUCGUUUAUUUGUGUUUCCGACGUUUGAAAUUGUGCAGCCAUGGCCCAAGGCUUGAAGUUCCCUGAUUCUUUUGCGUACACGGCGCCUAAUUUGGCCUUGGAGUGGGCGCAAUGGCGUCGUCAGUUCGAGUGGUAUAUUAAAGCCACGCGUAAGGACGAGACGGAUGAAGAAAUUUUGGUUGGAGUGUUGUUAUCUCUGCUUGGAAGAGAGGGAGUCAAGAUUUAUGAGACGUUACCAUUGACAGCGGCAAAUGCAAAAAAGAUUGCUGAAGUGUUGACUGCGUUUACGACGUAUUUUGAGCCCCUUAAAAGCGAGGUGUUCGAUCGCUUUCUUUUUCAUCGUCGUAUCCAGCAACCGGGCGAAUCUUUCGACACGUGGCUGCUGGAGUUACGCAGUAUGGUGUCGUCGUGUAAUUUUGGUACGCCCGCGGUUAUUGACUCUGUAUUACGAGACCAGAUUGUUUUCGGCGUGGCCAGUGAACAUGUGCGCGAAAAGCUUUUAUUUGAAACUGACUUAAAGUUGGCCGGGGCCUGCAACAUUGUUCGCGCGUGUGAGUCAGCUUCGUCAAAACUGACCCAGAUGGCGCCACGAGGAGAGUCUACUGUUCAUCGCCUACAUGACAACCAGCCAAAAGGAAAGCAGGGCAUGAGCUCUUACAACAAGUCGAGUCAACCUGGCGGGAACAUGCAGCAGUAUGUUAAUUGUCAGGGUUGUGGCAGACGUCAUCGAAAAGAUCAAUGUUCUGCAGCAAAGGUGGUGUGCUUCUCGUGUCAACAAGUCGGCCAUUAUGCAAAUAGGUGUCCGAAUGGGGGAUCUCAACAAGGUACGUCACACCCUCGCAAGAUGGCGCCACCACCUGCACCUCCGACGGGUACCCGACAACCGACAAUGCGGCCUGCACAACGCGGAACUUUUAUGCAACAGCAGUUGCACGCCGUCGAACAGGAAGGUUUUGAUGGCCAGUUGACAGGAGCCAACGGGUUCUUGGGAGAAGAUUACGUCACUCAUCAACUCACCUGCACAGAAGAAAAAGUGGACGAGUGGUAUGAAGAUAUGGCGGUUGAUGGAAAUGCAACUAUUCGUUUUAAACUUGACUCGGGCGCUACGUGUAAUGUGUUGCCAUAUGAAUUGUAUGCGAGUGUGUGCCCGAAUGGUGCUCCUUUGGAACCUGGUCCAAGAGUAAGAAACUACAGCGCAAACGGUGGUUAUCUGAAUGUUCUGGGCGUGUACAAGGGACAAGUGGUUCGUCGUGGAAUAGCCUAUGUGCUUCGAUUUGUUGUGGUUAAUGAACCUGGUCAACCAGCCAUCUUAGGGCUUCCGGCGUGCAAGUUAAUGAAGCUCAUCAAGCGCGUUCAUUCCAUCACCGUGUCGCCGCCACAACUACAGCCGCCAAUCGUGAAAGAGUUUGCAGACGUGUUCAACGGCAUUGGAAAGCUUCCAAUUGAACAUGAAAUACGCCUGGCAACUGGUCCUAAUCAUGUGGAUCCGGUGGUGUCGGCGGCGGGUCGUGUUCCGUUUAGUUUGGAGAAAAAGGUGUUCGACAAACUGGAUCAGAUGGUUGCUGACAACAUCAUUGCUCCAGUAGUCGAACCGACGGAGUGGGUGAGCAGAAUGCUGGUGGUUGGAAAACCUGAUGGAGACGUCCGUAUCUGUCUUGAUCCAUCUGACUUGAACAAGGCUAUACAGCGGCAACACUUCAUGGUGCCGACGGUGGAACAGCUGUUUGGAAAGAUUGGUAAGGCAAGGUAUUUUUGUAGCCUCGACGCUGCAUCGGGUUUUUACCAAAUACCUCUGUCUGACCGCUCUUCAUAUUUGUGCACCAUGGCAACACCCAAAGGAAGAUAUCGUUUCCUGCGGCUCCCGUUUGGCCUCGUCUCGGCUCCCGAAGUUUACCUUCAGGCCAUGUCGGAACUGUUCGGCGAUUUACACGGAGUGCUUAUUUACUUCGAUGACUUUUUGGUGAUGGGAGAAACAAUGGAAGAACUGGAGUGUAAUCUGCGCCGAGUGCUGGUACGUUGCAGAGAAAAGAAUUUAAAGUUGCAGUUAAAGAAAUGCCAAUUCUUUGUUCAGAAUCUUCCCUGGUUGGGCCAUGUGAUCGGAAAUGGAUCUUUGAAGCUAGAUCCAGAAAAAGUGGAAGCUAUUGUGAAGAUGCCGGCCCCUACGGACAAGAAUGGCUUGAUACGCUUACUUGGAAUGGAUGCGGCAUGGGUGUGGGACGCGCAACAAGAACAAGCAUUGAAUGCUCUCAAGUCCGCCAUUUCCUCGUUGCCAGUUUUACGUUUGUUCGAUGUUUCCAAACCGUUGGUGGUCUCCGUGGAUGCUUCACCCAUCGGUAUUGGUGCAGUUUUAUUGCAAGAUGGCCAGCCGGUGGCUUUUUCGUCCACAUCGCUUACUGAGACUCAAAAACGUUACUGUCAAAUAGAAAAGGAGCUGUUGGCGGUUCAGUUUGGUUUGCUGAGAUUCCGGCAGUAUGUUUAUGGACAAAAAGUGACAGUUGAAACGGACCACAAACCGCUUGUUGGUCUGCUGGAAAAGCCGAUAGCAACUUGCUCCCCAAGGAUCCAACGGAUGCGACUUCAACUGCAAAGGUUCGACUUUCGGCUUGUAUAUAAGCCCGGCAAGGAGCUUUUCAUCGCCGACACCUUGAGCCGUGCACCUUCGCCGCGUUUGUUCACGGAUGACGUCACCCAGGAUAGUGAAGACCAAGUGCAUCAUGUGCUUCAUAGUCUCGUCACUUCCGUGUCCACACGGAAGCGUUAUGCCGAAGUCACGGCCUUGGAUCCAACCCUGCAACUUUUGAAAACGGUGAUUCAAAAAGGAUGGCCUGAGAAGCGUGCUCAGUGUCCGGCUGCAGUCAAACCGUAUUGGUCGGUGCGGAGCGAAUUGUCAAUGGUGGAAGGCAUUUUAUUGUGUGGCAGUCGUUUGGUGGUUCCAAUGUCCCUUCGUCGCGAGACCAUGGAGGGUAUACACGACGGUCAUUUCGGUGAAACGAAGUCUGUGUUACGCGCGAAGUCAGCAGUGUACUGGCCCGGUUGGGAGGACCAAGUAAAAAAUAUGGUGGCCAGUUGUUCGGUUUGCCAAGAAAACCGUGGUCGAAACCCUAAGCUGCCGUUACAUCCCGUCCGGCUUCCGGAUUACGCCUUUCAGCUAGUGUCUGCUGAUUUGUUCGAGUUUGAGCGCGUGAACUAUAUUUUGCUGGUGGACGCGUACAGCAAAUGGCCGUGUGUCGUUCCCCUUAAGUCAACAACGUCGUCAGCCAUCAUCGAAGAGAUGUCACGAUUUUUCUGUGACUUUGGACGGCCAGAGGAGUUGGAGUCUGACAACGGGACUCAGUUUUCCAGUGCGGAGUUCCGUGAAUAUUGUGCAUCAUUGAACAUCAAGCAAGUGACGUCGAGUCCCGAGUUUGCCCAAUCCAACGGACUGGUUGAGCGACACAUCCAAACGGUAAAACGUACUUUACUGAAGAUGUUUGCUGAAGGAAAGUCCCUGUGGGAGGCGCUGGCAGCAAUUCGUUCGACCCCGGUGUCCGGCUCAUUACCGGCCCCGUCCGUGCUACUUCAAGGACGUAAUCUUCGUGGUGUGCUGCCUUUUCUCGACGCAUCCUUAUCGCCAAAGCUGGUGCCGGCGUCGUUUGUACGUCAAGAGUUGUCUCGUCGACAACAAACGGCGGCGUUUGUUCAACCCCGCCCAGUGAGUGUUCGGUCGUCUGUGUUGACUGUAGGACAACGUGUUCGUGCCUUGAUCAAAGGGACGUGGCAACUUGGUGUCGUAAAUGUGGUGUGCCCAGAACCACACUCUUAUAUCGUCCGCUUAUCUGAUGGGCGUAUGUUUCGUCGUACACGCUGGGCAAUCAACGUCGAUAACGCGAACAGACCGACAGCCGUUCAGCGGACCAUGCAACCUUCACGUCCGGAAUUUUCACGUGGCCCGGUUGUCGUUCCACCCACUCAGCCGCCGGCUUUGGUUCAGCAGAGUGGAAGUUCAGCAGUGGCUGUCCAGUCACCGCCAGUCACGGCCCGUCCAGUCGCUGGUGUCAAUACUCCGUCUGGACAGUCUUCCGUGUUCCAGUCGUCUGCUCAACAAGAGUCUACGCCGGGCCGUUCUGUUGAAGCGCCCAGCCGCCCUGUUCGAGAGAUACCGGCCUCACCCGCUCGUUUAGUUGUUUCCCGUAUUCCCGUUCGUGACCGGGUGGUUUGGUUGCCCCCUUCGGCCAGCAGUGGUCAACAUGCUCCUGUAGCCGCCCUUGGUGUUACCCGCUCGGGCCGACGCUACAUCAAACCUCUACCACCCUCUCAGUAAACGACGCAAGUCGACAGUCCAUCCUUCCGUCCGAUUUAUCUUCAUGUCAUUUCAGUUCAUUGUCGUUUCGUUAUUCAUCGUUCACUGCUCAUUGCUCAUGCGUUUAUUUUCAUCUCACCUAAUCAUUGUUCGUUCGUCUUCGUUCACAUCCUCAUUGUUCAUUCAUUUUGGUUUAUUUUCACACUUGUCUUACAUUUUGAUUGCAUUCAUUUGUGUUCGGUAUGGGGGCUGUUGUUCGUAUAUGGUUAAAGGGGGAGAUGUUGUAAAGUCUACCACUAGGUGGCCUCGCAUCGUCCUCUCUCAUGUCGAGUCCACCCAGACGGCACUGGAGAAUACACAGACGCACACAGACUA